CGGCGGGACCGCCGCCGGCCCUCAGCACCCGGCGUGCCCGGUCGGGCCUGGGCGGGCUCGGGGGUGUCCGGGGCAGUGGCUGCGGCAGCGCCCAGCCUGGUGUCCCGCGCUAUGCUGAGACAAGGGCACCCUAUUCCUGCUUGUUUCGGUCUUCACUUUGUGCAACAGCAAAUGCCUGUAUGUGUAAGAGCAUGAAACAGACAGCUCUGAUCUUGGGAUCUCUUGGAUAAAACGGGAUAACACGCCGAUCUGUGGUCGUCCAGUGACCCGCCAGGUCAGCAUACAGAAGUGCAAAAUCCCAAGCUGACGUAAUGAACAACCAAGAGGCUGGUGUUCUACGUUGCUGGAGAUGUAGGAAAUGUAUAGCAAAUUCUGUUUUUCUUGCAAAAUGUAAUGGGAAAAAAACAUCCAAAAUACCACAACUUUCAGCUGCUGCUCAGAAUUCUUGCAAUGCAUGGCAUGUAAACUUAGAAGCCAUUCCAGAGUGGGUGAAAUGUGUCAUUGAAAAGGCACAGUGGACAAUUGGAAAACUGCACUGUCCGUUCUGUGAGGCCUGCUUAGGGGGCUUUAACUUUGUUUGCAACAAAGAAUGUUCCAGUGGACAGCUAGUAAAUAGACAUUUCUGCAAAAGUUGGACUGAGCAUCAGCCACAUUUGUCUGUUAAAUUGUCAAAAUCAUCAGAAAAACAUUUGCUUCUCAAAAUUCAGUCUGGUUUUAACAAGGAUAACUGCCAUGAAGUAGUAACUGCAACUUUAGAAAUCAAAAAUCAAGGACUUUCCUAUGCAGCUGGAAGUAGUAAUGAAGCUGGCAGAUUAGCAGAAGCACUUUGUCUAGAAGUAAGAGCUCCCAGAUAUGAGAUAGAAAGCAAAAAACUUCCCUUAAAGGCAUUAAAUCAAAAAGGAAGUCUCCCUUCUUCCUGUCCUGUAAAAGAUGCAUACACUGCAAAACCUUUUCACAGAAGAUCACGUAGCUUGGAUUUAAAUACUGGAGAAAGACUUGUUUUGUCAUCUGUGUUAUAUGAAACUUGCAACAUGGGAACACUUUACUGUGGCCAAAAUGAAAAUCCACCCGCUUACAUACAAGGGAGCUUUCAAUUAGGGUCCAAUAGGAAAGAUGGUAGUUCUUUUCAGGAUCUGAAUAGUUCCAGUGCUGACAUACUACAAAACCAAUUUAAAGUUACUUCCAUUACCACAUUACUACACAGAGAAACAGAAAGUGAGUGUGAUUUUGAAGUUACCAGGCAAUCUUCUGGGAGUGUCAUUGCUGAUGGGUCCCCAUUUCUGAUGAAUCUUUCCUCGCCUACAAGGGCUGUAGAAGACAAGUGGUACAUGACACCUGGUGGUCUUGUGCAGCCUACCAGUAUUUCCUUCAACCAAAAGCUGAGUAAGAGAGAAAGAGACAAGUCAAAAAGCCUGAGGAGAAAACAGAGAAUGAGAGAGCAAUGUCUACAGAAGCGACCUGAAAAUGAUAACCUGCAUACAGAUGAUGAGCAUGAACUCAGACGAGAUAAAGAAAGCUAUCUCUGUGCUGUGUGUCUGGAUGUUUAUUUCAAUCCUUACAUGUGCUAUCCAUGCCACCAUAUCUUUUGUGAACCUUGCUUAAGGAUGCUUGCCAAAGACAAUCCAGCCAGCACUCCAUGUCCACUAUGUCGUACUACAAUUGCCACAGUCUUUUUCCAAACAGAUCUGAAUAACUUUACCAGAUCCUUUUUCCCUAUGGAAUAUUUGAAUCUAAAGGAAAAUUUUCAAAAAUCCAAUUCUGCUAAAUGGCCUCUACCAAGCUGCAAGAAAGCAUUCAGAGUUCUUGAAGCAGGUUUUCGGAGGCGCUCAAAUACUGUAACAAGGAGGCAUUUCCCACAUGCUGCUCACAGGAUGGACUAUAUGGACUUCGAGGAUGAUAGCCGUGGAUGGCGUUUUGAUAUGGACAUGUUCUUUACAGGUAGCUUUUGUCAGAAAUCAUCUGGGGACGUGGUCUGGAUCUUAACACAUUCUGAUAAUGAAGAAUUCUCAGUACUGGUGCUGUUAGUCAAGACCAUUUAAUUGUUGAAGACAGCAGAAAUCCAGGACAAGACUUAGGUUUCACUUUUACAGGCAAAGGAACUUCAUGCCUACACAGAAGUGUGUGAGUUUUUUUGUCUAGCAGUGGAUAUGUUUCUAGCUACCCUACCUGCCAAUGGUUCAGUCAUCUUGCUUCUCUCAUAAGACAGUUCUAAAAAAAAAUCCCAAACAAUAUUGCUGCUCAGGGAGCAGCUGCAAUGAAGCACAAUGGAGUCUUUCAUGGCAUGUGCCUGCCUACAGAAGCUCAGAUCCAAGUCAAGCUUUUCCCAGUACUCUAUGUACAUACCUCAUGUUUUUAUCACAUGUCAACAACAGCCUCAGUUACUGAGAUGGAAAAUAGGGAAGAACCAGAGUUUAGGUGUAUUUUGUCAUUUUUAGAGAAAAUUAUUGUUGAUAGCAUGAAAGUUUGGGAGUAAGAUUAGCUAUUGUAGCUAUCAGCUGACAACUGCCUUCAUGGUGUGUAGUGUUGCUUUUGUGCAUGUGUUUUCAGCAUCUCUUGUUCUUUGCAAUCUUGACAACAUUAUAGCUGUGAGAUGCACACUCUCUUCCAGGGAAUUCCAGGUCACAGGUGAACAGAAAAGAAAGGUAGGACAUCAAGAGCAUCUGCUGGUGUUCAGCCCCAUACCCAGGCAGAGGCUGUGAGGAAGGAUGCUUUGAAUUGCUCAGGAUCUGGAGUAAGACACCAAGCUAUCCUUAGAGAUAAUUUUAUUUAGCAGAAAAUUCUAAGGCAGUAAUAGUAUAAGGAUUUAAAUAUCACAGUUUUCUGUCUCAAACACAAUUACCACAGAAAGACAUUGCCAUGAGAUAAGCACAGAAUGGAGUGACAGGAUGGCCUAACUCCAAGCCUGCAAGAUUUAGCUAGCACAUCCCGGGUAAUCCAGACAAAAAUUCACACUGUGACAAAGUGUUUAAAGAAGCUGCUGCUUAUAUGCUUAUCACAGGUCAAAUAGAGAUCCUGAUCAGUGGGUUAUGGGACAGCUGGCAUCUUCAGCCACCAGAGCUCCCCUCCCUCAAAUAUGCCACUAUGGGUAUGUGAAACUUGGACUGUGAAUUAAGACACCAUGCAGAAUACUUGAGACAAGAUAAAGGUGGUACUAUUGUCUGAGUGUUAUCUCAGGCCUAGGGGGAGGUAAACAAAGCUGAGGAAGAGAAAUGUAUUAGUGAUAAUGGCUGAAUUUAUGGGCCACAAGGAAAGCCAACACACCAACUGUGCUGAAGUCAGCUCAGGCUGGGUAAAAGGUAAUUCUGGCAGGCAGAGAUUGAACUCACAACCCAGAGGAAGGCUGAGCAUAGGACUAAGUACCAUUAGAAGUGAGGGAAUCAUUUAACCAAUAGAAUAAGAGAACUGUAGCCAAUGACCAUUAAUUCUUUGCUUACAAAAACGUGUAAAUAGUAAAAAGCUUUGAAUGACUUCAGAACCCCUACAAUCAAAAACCCCCGGGUAAAGAAGGACAAAAGGACACUGUUGGAUCCAUGGAUGGUGACUGUCUUCUGCUGUCUCUCUCUCUCUUUCUUUUCACUUGCUCUCUCCCUCUCUUUUUCACUGACAUUUUAUUCUUAAAUAAAAUGCGUACAAUUGACUUUGGCAUAUGGUCUCAUUUGCACCUUAAUUCAGGCCAAGGCUUCUCUCAGUAAGAGGAUCCUUAACAGACUGUGAGGUGGAUUUAAAACUGGCUGAAAAGCCAAGCUCACAGUGCUGUGAAUCGUGGCAAAAAGUCUGCCUGAAGGCAUGUAGCUAGUGGUAUAUCCCAGAGAACAAACCUGAGUCGUAUCCUGUUCAUCAUCUUCAUUAAUGACCUAGAUUUUGGGUCAGAGCAUACCCUCAUUAAGCUGCAGAGGACAAAAUAGGAAGAAGUGGAUAAUACUCCAGAGGGUUAUACCAGUGGAUAAUACAGCAGAUGCUGCUGUCCUGUGGACCUUUGGCUGGAGAAAUGGACUGACAGGAACAUCAUGCUGUUCAACAAGAGUAGUCUUGCACCUGGGAAAAGCCCCUCCAUGCCUCAAUACAUGCAGGAGGUCACCCAGCUGGAAAGCAGCUCUACAAAAGAGAACCUGGGGGUCCUGGUGAACUGCAAAAUAAAUGUGAGCCAGUGGUGUCCUCAGCAGCAUUAGGCAAAGUGUGGCCAGCAAGUCACAGAAGAUGAUCCUGCUUCCGCACUGAUGAGGCUGUCUCUGGGGUGCUGUGUCCACUUCUGGGCUGCCCUGUACAAAAGAGAUACAGAGUUAUUAGUGAGAUGUCAGCAAAGGACCACUAAAAUGAUUAAAGGAAUGAAGUCUCUCUCGUAUGACUAAUUCUGUGAAAUCAUCUUACAAGAAUUGACUAGUUGAAGACUAGAAUAAAUGAAUUCCUCAAUAACGGGUAAAUAAAACAAAAAUGUCUGAGGAGAACAUCAUGUUUUCCCUUCAUAACAAAAGGCAGUACAAUGCUGGAAAAACUUGGCCCACAUUUUUGUCCAUUUCUGUUCUUUUCUGUACAUAUCUGUAUAGAAUAAUUAAUUAUAAUUUUCUUUUCUUUCACUGUUGUCUUGAGUCAAUACAACAAGUCUCUCUUUGGUAACAAGUUCAAUCUUUAAGAGGUUAUUUUUCUUCCUACUUAUUGAAAUCUGUGGUUAUUGCAGUUGUCUGCAGUACUCAGAAGAGUACUAAGGAAAAAAUCACAGAAGUUUUAGUAAUAUUAUUUCAGUAUUAGUCAUCUUGCUGUCAGAAAUCAAUAUUCCAACUUUAUAUGUAAACUUUUUAUUUAAGUGUUAAAGUGUAAAAUCUAAUUUUUGCAGGUAAGGGUUUGAAUUCAAAAAUUUUUGGCUGCCUCAAUUUGUCAUUCCCAACAUGAGACAUUCAUUCUACAAUGACCUGAUGCAGAACUGAAGAUCACAUUUCUCCAAAAUGGGUUGUUUAGGAUUUAUUACGUUGGGAUCCAAAGCCUUAAAUAUAUGUAUUUAUGAUGGGCUUCAGCAGUGAUAUAGAUCCCAGCAGAAUCAUCAGAGUCAUCACUGUAAAAUCUAGUUUCUCAUAUACACCUGCAACUGGAUUGGUGUCUUACAAACUUUUUCUGUAAAACAUAUUAUGAUGGCAUUUCUGGAGUUUUCAGAACUUCUUAUGAAAACAAGUUCAAAAUCUGUAUUUAUUUACAUUUGAUUAUUCUAUGACUGAAACUAAACUAAACCUCCAGAGUCUUAAAUGUAUUAGGAUUUCUUUGUUGCUGUGAUAUAAUCCUGGAAAAUAAAU